AAUGUCUAAGUGGCCGCCCAAAUGCAAAGAUCCUAUCUUUGUCAUCCUCUCCCUCCCCUCACGUCUUCUUCUCCUCCUCCUCCUUCCGCCCUUCCUCCUCACUCCAUCCACCUCCUUCCCAACUCUCCUCUCUACCCUUCUCUCUCUCUCUCUCUCUCUCUCUCUCUCUCUCUCUCUCUCUGUCUUUCGGUGAAAUACGAUGAAUCAGAAAUGGGGCCCUGCGUCUGCAAUCUGCCCCUUUUGUUAAUCUUCCAAUUUGUGGGCAGUGGCAGCAGAUAAUCGAAUUGGGAAGGAACAAUCACUGCGACUGCUGAAGGUUUCCCUUUUUUCCUCAGUCAACUCUCAUUUCACGCUCUGCUCAAAUCAAGAACUUCUGUGAAGAUCGGAUUUUGAAGCAAUUAAGCAUGAAUUCCCUCAACUUGAGCGCGUGGGUCUCCCCUAUCAGGACCCAUCCCAGAUCCCUCGCCUUCAGGAAGCCUUCCUUCCCCCUCGCAGCUCCGACGAAGCAUCGGUGCCCUCCCGCCAGGCUUGGCUUCUCGGUGUCCGCGGUCCUGACCAAGGAGGAGACGGUCCAGGAGGACAACAGGCCGAGGCCGGCCUUCGACUUCAAGGCCUACAUGCUGGGGAAGGCGGCGGCGGUGAACGAGGCCCUGGACGUGGCGGUCUCCCUCCGGCCCCCGCUUAGGAUCCACGAGGCGAUGCGGUACUCCCUGCUCGCGGGCGGGAAGCGGGUACGGCCGAUCCUCUGCAUCGCUGCAUGCGAGCUUGUCGGUGGGGCGCUGCCUAUGGCCAUGCCCUCCGCCUGCGCUGUCGAGAUGAUCCACACCAUGUCCCUCAUCCACGACGACCUCCCCUGCAUGGACAACGAUGACCUCCGCCGCGGGAAGCCCACUAACCACAAGGUCUUUGGGGAAGAUGUUGCGGUUUUGGCCGGUGAUGCCCUCCUAGCAUUCGCUUUCGAGCAUAUUGCUGCAGAUACGAAGGGGGUGACCCCUGCACGAAUUGUGAGAGCGAUUGGGGAGCUCGCGAGGUCAAUUGGAGCAGAAGGUUUGGUGGCUGGUCAAGUUGUGGAUAUAAGCUCCGAGGGGAUAUCUGCUGUGGGCCUGAAGGAGCUCGAGUUCAUCCACCUCCACAAGACUGCGGCCCUUCUCGAGGCCUCAGUCGUCCUCGGGGCAAUCAUGGGGGGUGGAUCAGAUGCGGAGGUCGAGAAAUUGAGGAUCUUUGCCAGGAGCAUCGGGUUGCUGUUCCAAGUGGUGGACGAUAUCUUGGAUGUGACAAUGUCAUCCCAAGAAUUGGGGAAAACUGCAGGGAAGGAUCUAGUAGCCGAUAAGGUCACGUACCCAAAAUUGUUAGGGAUCGAGAAGUCGAGGGAGUUUGCUGCGGAGUUGUUGCAGGAAGCUUGCAGUCAGUUGGUUGGGUUCGAUCCCGAGAAGGCGGCACCACUGGUUGCUCUUGCGAAAUACAUCGCCAACAGGCAGAACUGAUGGUCUUGUGCCAAUACAACCGUUGCGUCGUUACAGAGAAAUCAUAGUUGAUGGUCAAGCAAUACAUUCGGGAAUCAGGCGGCUUCAGUUUUGUUUCAUCGGUAGCCCGAGAAUUAAUUUCAUUGAAAGCAAAGAAGUGGUAGUAAUUACUACAUUGUUUGUUGUCAGUGAUCAGCUGUACCUCCUCUGUCAAUUAAUGAUCCAGAGAAUUUCUUCUUGGACGAUAUAUCAUUUAUGCAACCGCCUUUAAAGACUCUUAUAA